AUGACCACCACCACCGCCACCCUCUCCCUCCUCGUCUUCCAUGGCUCCCCCCUCGACUUCAUCAAAUACCGGCACGCCGUGCUCCUCCUCACCACAUACCCCGACAACCAACAAAGCAUGUUCCACAUCACGGGGCCCCCCGGCGAAUUCAAAUUCGUUGAGGUAACCGGGGCGAAUCCCACGCAGAGCGCGAAACUAGAGCGGAAUAUCCCCGUCGUAACGACGAUGGUCAGGGAUGCGUGCGCUAGGGUUAAAGUGCGGAAUGAUCUCCCCGGGUGGAAUUGUCAGAAUUGGGUGGGUGAGGCAUUGUCGGAGUUGGUCAAGAUUGGGUGUUGUACGGAGGUGCAGAGGGGGUUGGCUGUUGAUGGGAUGGUGGAUGCGUGUUUGGAGGCGAGGGAUGAGAGGUUUGCUUAA